UGCACCGCCCCGGCCGCUGCUGAUUGGCUGCAGGGCUUGCGGGUGGCGGUUGGCUGCUCCUCGCACCUCCCCCUCGUGCCGCUACCGCCGCCACUGAGAGGAGCCACUGGCGACGCCAGAGCCGGGAAUCCGGGUGGACAAAAGAUGAAGCCAAUGAAGAAGGCAUGUGUCGGCCUCCCGGGUUCUGGCAGUGGUGGCAAGUCCCCACCGGCCACUCGGGCCAAGGCCCUGAGACGGCGAGGGGCUGGGGAGGGCGACAAGCCGGAGGAGGAAGACGAAAUGGUGCAGCAGCAGCCGCCGCCGCCUCCGGGGCCAGAAGAGGCUGAGGAGGGUGAGGAGGAGGAGUCCGAGCGGGGCCCUGGGGCUGAGGGGCUGCUCCCGGAGCUGCCCCCUGACGACCCGGCGGCCCCAGGCCCCGCUGAGGACCCCAAGGUGGAGGGGGAGGCGAGCCGCUGGGAGCCGUCACUCAGCCGUAAGACGGCCACGUUCAAGUCUCGAGCGCCCAAGAAGAAGUAUGUGGAGGAGCAUGGAGCUGGCAGCGGUAGCAGUGGGCCAGCCGGGGCCCCUGAAGAGCGGGCACGGACCCCUGAGGAGGCCAGCGCCCUGGGUGUCCCUCCACGGCCACCCACCUCCACCCGUUCCUCUUCCACCGACACGGCCAGCGAGCACUCAGCCGACCUGGAGGAUGAGGCAGCCGAGGCUUGUGGGCCCGGCCCCUGGCCCCCAAGUGGCACCAGCGGCGGCUAUGACCUGCGGCAGCUGAGGUCCCAGCGGGUGCUGGCUCGGCGUGGAGACGGCCUCUUCCUGCCGGCCGUGGUGCGCCAGGUGCGCCGAAGCCAGGAUCUGGGGGUGCAGUUCCCCGGGGACCGGGCCCUGACGUUCUACGAGGGGGCCCCCGGCGGCGGUGUCGAUGUGGUUUUGGACGCCACGCCGCCGCCGGGGGCCCUGGCGGUGGGCACAGCUGUCUGUACCUGCGUGGAGCCCGGCGUGGCUGCCUACCGUGAGGGUGUGGUGGUGGAGGUGGCCACCAAGCCCGCUGCCUACAAGGUCCGCCUGAGCCCCGGCCCCACCUCCCAGCCGGGCCCGCCGGCCACCCCACCGCAGCCCCCGCAGCUGCCACACCGUGAGCCUGAGGAGGCCGUGUGGGUGGCCCGCUCCAGCUUGCGCCUGCUGCGGCCCCCGUGGGAACCCGAGGCCCUGCCAAGGAAGCCCCCUGGGGGCCCCGAGGAGGAGCAGGCUGAGCCGGGGGGCGCCCUGCCCCCCUGCCCUGCCGCCCUGGACCCCAAGCAGCCUGAGGAUGCGGAGGUGUCGAAGAUCAGCUUUGGUGGCAACCUGGGGACUUGCGAGGAGGGCGAGGAGAAGCACCCGCCGGCCCUGGGCACCCCGGCCCUGCUCCCACUGCCCCCGCCCCAGCUCCUGUCGCCCCCGCCCAAGUCCCCAGCUUUCGCAGGCCCCGGCCGCCCUGGCGAGCAGCCGUCGCCCUGCCAGGAGGGGAGCCAGGGCGGGAGCCGGAGCAGCAGCGUGGCCUCUCUGGAGAAGGGGGCUGCGCCCGCCCGGGCCCGCACGCCGCUGACAGCCGCCCAGCAGAAGUAUAAGAAGGGGGAUGUGGUCUGCACGCCCAAUGGAAUCCGCAAGAAAUUCAAUGGCAAGCAGUGGCGCCGGCUGUGCUCCCGAGACGGCUGCAUGAAGGAGUCGCAGCGGCGGGGCUACUGCUCGCGCCACCUGUCCAUGCGAACCAAGGAGAUGGAGGGUCUGGCGGACAGUGGCCCCGGUGGGGCCGGGCGGCCGGCAGGCGUGGCGGCACGUGAGGGCAGCACCGAGUUUGACUGGGGUGACGAAACCUCGCGGGACAGUGAGGCCAGCAGCGUGGCGGCCCGCGGGGACUCGCGCCCACGCCUGGUGGCUCCUGCUGACCUGUCGCGCUUUGAGUUCGACGAGUGUGAGGCGGCCGUGAUGCUGGUGUCGUUGGGCAGCUCUCGCUCUGGCACGCCCUCCUUCUCUCCCGUGUCCACGCAGUCGCCCUUCUCACCGGCCCCCUCGCCCUCCCCCUCGCCGCUCUUUGGCUUCCGCCCCGCCAACUUCAGCCCCAUCAACGCCUCACCAGUCAUCCAGCGCACUGCCGUUCGCAGCCGCCACCUGAGCGCCAGCACCCCAAAGGGGGGCGUGCUGACACCACCGGACCUGGGCCCCCACCCACCGCCGCCUGCCCCCAGAGAGCGCCACUCUUCUGGCAUCCUACCCACCUUCCAGACCAACCUGACCUUCACCGUGCCCAUCAGCCCCGGGCGGAGGAAGACAGAGCUGCUGCCCCACCCGGGGGCUUUGGGGGCGCCUGGUGCGGGGGGCGGGGGAGCCACCCCGGACUUCCCCAAGAGCGACAGCCUAGACUCCGGCGUGGACUCGGUGUCCCACACGCCUACACCCUCCACACCGGCUGGCUUCCGGGCCGUGUCACCCGCCGUGCCCUUCUCCCGAUCCCGCCAGCCCUCGCCGUUGCUGCUCUUGCCCCCGCCUGCUGGCCUGACCUCGGACCCUGGGCCCUCUGUGCGCCGGGUUCCUGCUGUGCAGCGGGACUCACCCGUCAUUGUUCGCAACCCCGACGUGCCGCUGCCCUCCAAAUUCCCUGGGGAGGUGAGCACUGCAGGCGAGGCACGGGCAGCAGGACCUGGGCGGGGCUGCCGAGAGACCCCGGUGCCCCCUGGGGUGGCCAGUGGGAAGCCUGGCCUGCCCCCACCUCUGCCAGCCCCCGUGCCCAUCACCGUGCCUCCAGCCGCGCCGACUGCCGUGGCCCAGCCGAUGCCCACCUUCGGCCUGGCUUCUUCACCCUUCCAGCCGGUGGCCUUCCACCCCUCACCUGCUGCCCUAUUGCCCGUCCUGGUGCCCAGCAGCUACACCAGCCAUCCUGCCCCCAAAAAGGAAGUCAUCAUGGGCCGACCUGGGACAGGUAAGAGAUGGUGGAAUGGCUGGGUGAGGGCUCAUUUGGGACGGGGCCGCUUGCAAACUGGCUCUCGAGAGAGGUGA